AUGAAGCUCGUCAGGUUUUUGAUGAAGUGCCAGAACGAGACCGUCACCAUCGAGCUCAAGAAUGGCACAAUUGUCCAUGGAACCAUCGCAUCAAUCUCCCCACAAAUGAACACAGCACUGCGAACAGUCAAGAUGACCCCCAAGGGUCGCGACACCAUCAGUCUGGACACCAUGAACAUCCGCGGCGCAACCAUUCGUUACUACAUUCUGCCCGACUCGCUACCCCUGGACACCCUGUUGAUUGACGACGCCCCCAAGCCCAAGAACAAGGCCCGCAAGGAAGCUGCAGACAGAGGUGCUCGUGGUGCAAGAGGUGGCGGUAGAGGACGCGGCAUGGGCGGUGGUGGUGGUCGCGGCGGCGGUGGCGGCCGCGGAAGAGGCCGUGGUGGCAGAGGCUUCUGA